AUGACGGGCACUUUCUUCUGGCAGCUUGUGGGAAUCGUUGGUGAUGCGUUCAAAUUGAAUGGACCACCAGAAGAUGACACCGAGCCCGGCGUCGCCAAUGAUGAUCAAGCUUCAGGAAGCUUUCCAGCUUUAACCGAACAACAAUCGUCAAGUCGAACGGCUGCGAGCGAUAGUCAACACAGCAGAUACACGCUGAUCCCGGACGAUACCCAAGCUGCUGUCGCUGCUACUUCCCUGAAGCCAGACCACGAAGACGUUGUCAUGGGCGACCUUCAAUCUUCACAUACUCCACCUUUGACAGCACCUUAUCUCCAAGUAUUCAGUCAUCCUGGAAGGGAAGGGGCGGAAGGUUCAGCGAUGUCCCUCACAGAUACCCUCAUCUGGCAGUUGAACACUGUUUUUCGGUGCGAAAACAAGAUUGCCAGGCUUCUGGCUGAGCUUAAGAAACGGGAAGCACAACAGGCAGAGCUGGAAACCAUGCUCGAUGAUCUCCAUCGCCAGCGCAAUCAAGUACCAGAUGGCGAAGACCCCACGGAACAGGUUCAGAUGUUGGAAUACGCACAAGACUUGGCUGGGGACCUGGAGAGCGAGAGGAACGAAUUGCUCCAUGACUUGCAACAUACGGAGCACGAAAUGAAUAGCCCUAAGGCUGAUAUGUAUCGUGACCUGAAAGAAGUCAUGGGCAGAUAUAACCUUCUCGAAGACAUAUCUGGAAGAAGUGACUCUGGCCAUGUCCCUUGGAACCAGGUUUUCAGACAGCAACAGCAGCAAAAUGCACCUGCUGCACAGCCACCUACACCGACUACUAGUGAAGCUGCACGUUAUGCCCAGGAAGACGCGAGAGAGGAGGCGCGCGAUUUCAAGACAAAGAAGGAAAUCGACCUCCAAGAUGCGCGCGCAAAGAUAGACAAUUGGACCCAUCACUACGAUGACAAAUACGGACAGUAUCGCGCAAUGGUUGAUGAAGGAACAACUGAUCUCGCCAAAACAGAAUUCGAUAUCAUUCUUUUAGGCCACCAACGAGAGGCAACGAGAGACCUGGUCGAGGCCGAGCAGGAGUACGAUGCAGCACUGCAGCAGGCAAGAGCUCUCGGCGUGGUUUUUUGGGACCCAGAUCAAGAGUCACAAUUUCCCGAUAAUGCUGACGAUGGGUAUCGAAUCUCCAUGGAGCAUGAUAUGGUUCAGCACGUUGAUCGGGUUCGAAUCGAGAGAUGGAUGGCAGAGAAAGAGGACCGACUGAAUCAUUCGACCGAUUGCGACGAUUGGGAGGCUAAAAGCAUUGAUAUCUGUGAUAGUAUCAGCUUGGUAGCAGAAGGGAAGGACAGAUCCCGAAUUAAUCGCUGGCAGGCGACGUGCGAUGAACAGAGAGCUGAGCAGGAAUCUCCUGAACCGCCUUUAGAAACUAGAGCCGUCGGUGUAUAUGACUGUGUACAUAAAUGUACACGGUCCAAGUACACCACACAUAGUGGUUCUAGUUCGUGUACAAUAUGA